GGCCGACUCCUUUUUUUCUGCUGCGUAGCCUGCGUUAACUUGUUAAGUAGAUAGUAUUUUCUUUACGCGCCCUGCGAUUCGUCCAGCGCCCUGGUCCAUGUCGACGGGCUUAGCUCCAGCUCCAUGUUUAUUAAUGGUUAAUGGGCGCGCGUUGGGGGGGCGGGCGGCGGUGGUGGCACUCGAUCUCAUCCCUUCGACGGAGCAUCUCUGGUUGAGCCUGCUGCGUGGGAAAUGCUGGAUGGCCAUGCUGAGCAGUAUUGUUCAUGUAUGUACGGAGCAAUUGCUGGGAAUAAUCCGUCCGCAUUUCCGCUUGUCCGCCGUCUCUCCUCUCCUCUCCUCUCCUCUCCUCUCCUCUAGACUCCUUGUCUUCAUUACAAGGAACUCGACCCUAGGAAUAGUCAUCAGGACCCAAUAAUACCACGCAGAAUACCACAGUGGUAAGUUAGCAACCCAACUACCCCUCGCCCCGUAACUGUAAGAGGCAAUGCGGCGUGCCCCAGAGUAGUAAAUAAGUAGUAAUCGUCGAGGCUCGAAGGUUGAGGAUCCCCCCCCCGUGCCGUGACUAGGGAGGCCCUC